CCAAUAUACACCCAUAUUAUCCGCACAAGCCUCUUCAGGCCUUGACACCCGGCAAGUGGCCUGACUGCUGUUUCACGAGAGCCAAAAGCAAUGGAAGUAUGGUGGACGGGGACCGAUGGAAGCAUUCAAGGCUCAUGGAUGUACGACAAGAUAGAAUGGCACAGAUAUCAGUUGGAAGGAGCCGGGCCUGGCAGCGCAGUCAUCGGAGGCGGUCUCAGAGCCCAGUCGAGAAGAUCAGAUGUACUUCAUUUGUGGUGGGUUUCAACGAAAGGAUCCUUGGAGGGAGCCUUUAUUGUUGAGGGAAAGACUCCAUGGACGAGGUAUCAGAUGGCCGGACAUGAUUCCGCGUCUUUGUCAACCGGAAUUUGUUCUCUUCAUCGCUAUUCUGGUACAGAAGAGAUCUUCUGGAUUGCUCCCAACGGUGCCAUGUUUAAUGCCUACUGGUACGAAGGUAUGCCGUCCUGGAAUGUGUUUCAAACUUUACCCGGAGGCAGUGCGAAGCCGAACGGCAAAUUAAUGGGCGUAUCUCGGGAACCAGGUACCAUGGAGAUCUGGUACGCAGCGUCAGACGGCGGUGUUAGUGAUCGUUACUGGUACGACUUCCGAACGAAGAGAUUUGGCGCUCCUAUACUCAGUGGUGGGCUUGCUGCUCUUGGCGGUUGGACUUCCAUCACAUUGAAAGAGCAAGGAUCGAUCCGAUGGAACGGAGACGGACAUGACAGCGGUGCGGACGACUAUGACUAUGGCGUGGUCGGUAUUCUUCGGCCGCGCCCCGAAUCCAACCUGGCUCCGAUCACAUUGGUCCAUUCUGGCCAUGUCUCAGGACAUAUCAUUGGGAGCAGCGGACGAGAUGAUCCCUGGGAUCAAACCAAUGACAAGGACUACAUCGGACUCAUACAGAAGCACUACGACGACUAUGCAAAUGGCACCUUUGCCAUCAGCGUGGUGUACACUAGUGGAUUUCAAUCUACUUUUGAAAGUCUGAUCAACACGGUUGUCAAGUGGUCUGUUGGAAGUCUUCUGGAUGGAGUUGGAAUCCUAAUCUUUAUCGGAGUGGAAGUCGGCUCUUUAGUGAUGACUGGAUCUCUCGUCCCAGGGGCUCGUAUUCUCAACGGAGUUCUCUGGAUGGCUGGUCCAGGAAACACUCUGCUUGCUAUUGCCGCAGGUGGAAUCGCCUCGGCCGGAUCCCGUUCCAAGGUUAUUUCAGAGGAGGACUAUCGAUGGGCCAACAAUGAGGUCUUCAACGGGACCCUUCCGCCUCGUGACAAGAUUCGCAUCACCGAUACCAAAGGCAAAGAUGGUCGCGCCUUCACCUUCCCCAUGUCGGAUGGUUCAAUCACUCUCAACGUCGGCGGCAUGCCGGGCAUGUUCGAAAAUCCGCAGUCUAAUCAACCUACUUUGAUCCAUGAACUUGUACAUGCCUGGCAGAUCCACCACACCCCAUUCCAAUUAUCGCUUCUCGCAGAUGCACUUGCAUCCCAGUUGAGAGGAAGUACAUCGUACGAUUAUCCAGAUGCUGGAUUACCCUUCAAGGAUAUGAAUUUGGAGCAGCAAGCUCAGAUCGUCGAGGAUUGGUGGACUGACCCCAAUGACAAGAUCCAUCCUCGUCGGGGGAGGAUGAAAGGAGAGAAGAAGGAUGAGACCAGUACAUAUUUUAGAUAUAUCCGUGAUAAUAUUCGUACAGGCAAUUAUUAAGAGUGAGAUUCUACCUUCUUAAGUUACGGAACCUUGUAAUUUUAAUUUUUUAAUUUUAAUUUUUAAUUUUUAGCUAAGAGCUUUUGAGGUAAAAUGGCAUCACCAUCACGUGAUGUAGGCGUAUUGCCUUCCUUCACAGAAGUUGCCAUAGCCUAGAUAAAUA